CAACAAUCGUUCACUUCGUUAUACAUCUGCCAUCUUGACCCUUUUCUUAUGGCUCACUCCCCAAAACCAGCCCAGUAUCCGUCCGCGAACAAGAAACCUACAUUCAAGCCGAGUCUCGCUUUCCUAGCUGUCCUCCUUCUAGCUGCUAUCGCUUUCCUCUUCACACAGAUUGAUUUCGCAUUCCCGUCGCAUCCCUGGAAGACUGUUGGAAAGCUACUGAAAGGCGGCGAACUAGAAAUGAACAAUCCGAAGCGUACUGUCGGAUACUUUGUGAACUGGGGUAUCUACGAUCGCAAAUUUUUCCCUCAAAAUAUCCCUAGCCAACACCUCACUCAUAUUAAUUAUGCCUUUGGAAAUGUGAAGAAGGAUAGCGGUGAAGUCGUAUUGAGUGACUCUUGGGCUGACGUCGAAAUCCACUACGAUGGUGAUUCGUGGGAUGAGCCUGGUACCAACCUCUAUGGCUGCUUCAAGGCUAUCUAUCUUAUGAAGAAACAGAAUCGCAACUUGAAGGUGCUGCUCUCCAUUGGUGGAUGGUCCUUCUCCCCUAAUUUUGCCGGUAUCGUACACCCCAAAUGGCGAUCAACGUUCGUACAAUCUGCUGUCAAGCUCGUGGAGGAUGUCGGUCUGGAUGGUCUCGAUAUUGAUUACGAAUACCCCAAGACUCCGCGGGACGCCGAAGCCUAUGUCGCUCUGCUUCGCGAACUUCGACAGGGACUUGAGCAACUCGCUCAAAGUAAGGGCAAGCCUCAGGGGCAGUAUCAGCUUACUAUCGCUGCUCCUUGUGGCUGGGAGCAGAUGCAAGUCUUGAGAGUGAAAGAGAUGGACCAGGUGUUGGAUUUCUGGAAUUUGAUGGCAUACGAUUUUGCGGGUUCGUGGGACUCUGUGGCAGGUCACCAAGCCAACCUUUACUCCGACAAGCCUGACGGACAGUCUGUUGAUCGAUCGGUGCGAUUCUACCUUGAGGCUGGUGUGCAUCCUACCAAGCUCGUCGUUGGAUUGCCCGUCUAUGGACGUUCUUUCGCUAACACCAAAGGAAUCGGUUCGCCUUUCUCAGGUACCGGAGAAGGGUCAUGGGAGGCAGGUAUGUGGGACUAUAAAGCCCUGCCUCAGCCCGGUGCCCAAGAAAUCAAUGACCACCGUCUGGGUGCUUCAUACAGCUACGAUCCGGCAAAGCGUUUCCUCAUUUCCUAUGAUACCCAAGCAAUCGCCCAUCAGAAAGCUUCAUACAUCGCUUAUCACGGCCUGGGCGGCGCAAUGUGGUGGGAGCUGGACUCUGACAAGCCUGAAGAAACAGGACAGGCGUUGGUGAGGACUGUGAGAGACGCGCUGGGCCAACUAGAAUGGAGGGAGAAUGAGCUGGAUUAUCCUGGUAGCAAGUACGAUAAUUUGAGGAGAAGGAUGGAGUAAGAUAUAAUGAAUGAUACAACUAUAGCAAGGUGUUGAAAUUUAGAAGAGCAUUUUCUUGCGUAAUGUGCCCGUACUUU